AUGCGCAGGGCGUCGCUGGAUCCGCUGGUGGUAGGCAGAGUAGUCGGGGAUGUGCUCGACAUCUUCGUUCCGACGGCGGAGCUGGCGGUGCGCUACGCCACUCAAAAGAUCAGCAUUAACGGCGGCAAGCUGAAGCCUUCCUCCGCUGCUGAAAGGCCUAAAGUCCGUAUCACCGGCUCUCCAAAUAACUACUACACUCUUGUCAUGGUUGAUCCUGAUGCUCCUAGUCCGAGUGAACCCGCAUUUAGAGAGUGGCUCCAUUGGCUAGUCAUAAAUAUUCCUGAGGGAUCCGAUGCCAGUGAAGGGAAGGAGCUAAUGGCGUACAUGGGGCCACAGCCGCCGAUCGGGAUCCAUCGUCACGUAUUUGCAGCAUUCCGGCAGGCGGGGCUUAUGGAGACGGUGAAAGGGAAGCCGGCGGAGCGAGGACUUUUCAAUACGCGGCAGUUUGCGAGCGAGAAUCAACUCGGUCUCCCCGUCGCUGCUUUCUAUUUCAAUUCUCAGAAACAACCUGCUGGAAACAAGACACGUUAACUAAUUAACUACUCUCUCUCUCUCU